UGGUGUGUUUGUAGCCGCGUUUUCGCUUUCCCGUGCUCGUUUCCCAUUGGUGGACAGGGCCGGGCCGUAUGUUAAGCCGUUUCCCAUUGAUGCAGCGCGGAGGACUGGGUGUGGGCGGGCUCUCAUUGGCUGGGCCCGGCAGGGCUGCCCCCAGCGGUGGAGUGCGGGCGGUGGGUUGUGGGCUCGGGCGAGGCGGGACAUGCUGCGCCCCGGGGCCCAGCGGGGCUCCCCGGGGAUGCCCCGCACCGUGGUGCUGGACUGCCUGCUCCCCAACGGGGUGAUGGUGCCUCUGGAAACCCCCUGCACGGCCUCGCUGCUCACCAUCAAGCACCAGCUCUUCCGCGAGGCACGGAAAUUCCCUCUGCACCACCUGCUGCAGGACGAGUCCAGGUACGUGUUCCUCAGUGUCACCCGCGACGCAAAGAGGGAAGCAUUUUUCGAUGAGAUGCGGCGGCUCUGCGACCUGCGGCUCUUUCAGCCGUUCCUGAAAGUUGUCGAGCCCGCCUGCGACCGCGAGGAGGAGAUCCUGAAUCAGGAGAUCGGGGCGGCGAUCGGCAUGCCCGUCUGCGAACUGGUGGCGGCCAAGGACCCGGAGGUGCAAGACUUCAGGAGAAACAUGCUCGAAGUUUGCAAAGAGGCCGUGGAGCUUCGCGGGGCCGACCCGCCGCACAGCAGAGCGUUGUGUGUCUGCCCUCCCAACGUGGCCUCGUCGCCGGAGCUGCCCGCACGCCUGCUCGAUAAACUCGACGCAGGGCGGCUGCGGGUGGCGAUAUGGGUUAUCACCCCCCCCAGUAAUAAGCGGAAAUACAUGUUGAAAGUCAGCCAUGCCUGCGUGCCCGAGCAAGUUAUUGCCGAAGCAAUCAGAAAGCAAGGAUGGGGUAUGCUGCUGUCGCCUGAACAGUUAAAACGCUGCGUCUUAGAGUACCAGGGCAAUUAUGUGUUAAAAGUGUGCGGCUGCAAUGAAUACUUGCUAGAAAAAUAUCCUCUGAGCCAGUAUAAGUACAUAAGACACUGUAUAAUGGUUGGCCUCAUGCCCAAUCUGAUGCUUAUGACCAAAACAAGCCUUUAUGACCAGCUACCUUUGGAUACCUUUAAAAUGCCGUAUUAUUCCAUGUGCGUUUCUCCAGAUACCUCAUACGUGAAUAUAGACGCUUCAGCCAAAUCCCUCUGGUUUAUAAACACCAAUCUCAGAGUAAGAAUUCUCUGUGCAACGUAUGUCAACGUGAACACGCAGGACGUUGACGAGAUAUAUGUCCGAACAGGUAUCUAUCACGGAAGUGAGCUGUUGUGUGACAGUGUGAAUACUCAAAGUGUGCCUUGUUCCAAUCCUGGCUGGUACGAAUGGCUGUCGUAUGACAUGCGUGUUCGCGAUCUCCCACACGCUGCUCGGCUUUGCCUCUCCAUCUGCUCUGUCAAAGGAAGAAAGGAUGGGAAAGAGGAACAUUGCCCGCUGGCUUGGGGAAAUAUAAACAUGUUUGAUUAUAUGCACACUCUUGUAUCUGGGAAAAUGGCUUUGCAUCUGUGGCCAGUACCUCGUGGGCUAGACAUCCUGCUGAAUCCUCUUGGUGUUACUGGGUCAAAUCCAAAGAAGGCAACUCCAUGUCUAGAGCUAGAAUUUGAUUGGUUUAGCGGUCCUGUAAAGUUUCCAGGCAUGACAGUAGUCGAAGACCGUGGCAUGAAGGCUUUCUCCCUGGAGCUAGGGUGUAACUGCAGCCAUACAGUGCUGAGUAAGAAGCUAGGUAGAGAUGCUGAAGUAAGAGAAAGUGUCAAAGAACAACUCCGUGCACUUUGUGCAAGAGAUUCACUCUCUGAAAUCACUGAGCAAGAGAAAGACUUUCUUUGGAGCCACAGGCAUAAUUGCAUGAAUACCCCAGAAAUUCUACCCAAACUGCUUUUGUCCAUGAAAUGGAGCUCUAGACACGCAGUAGCCCAGAUGUACUGGUUGAUAAAACACUGGCCUCCAAUCAAGCCGGAACAAGCAAUGGAGCUAUUGGACUGCAAUUAUCCUGAUCCACUGGUGCGAUCAUUUGCAGUUCAGUGUUUGGAGAAGUAUUUGACAGAUGACCAACUGUCUCAGUACUUAAUCCAGCUAGUACAGGUUCUGAAAUAUGAACAAUACUUGGAUAAUCUGCUGGUGAGAUUUUUACUCAAGAAGGCACUGACCAAUCAAAGAGUAGGGCACUUUUUUUUCUGGCAUUUAAAGUCUGAAAUGCACAAUACAAUUGUACGUCAGAGAUUUGGUUUGCUUUUGGAGUCCUACUGUCGAGCAUGUGGGACAUACCUAAAACACCUGACCAGGCAGGUGGAAGCAAUGGAGAAACUAACUAACCUUACUGAUAUGCUCAAGCAAGAGAAGAAGAAUGACGCACCAAAGGUGCAAAUGAAGUUUAUUGUUGAACAAAUGAGACAACCAGAUUUCAAGGAAGCUUUGCAAGGUUUUAUCUCUCCUCUUAACCCUGCCCAUCAGCUAGGACACCUCAGACUUGAGGAGUGCAGGAUUAUGUCUUCUGCAAAAAAGCCUCUCUGGCUGAACUGGGAAAACCCGGAUAUUAUGUCUGAACUGUUGUUUCAGAACAAUGAGAUAAUCUUUAAAAACGGGGAUGAUUUACGUCAGGAUAUGCUAAUACUUCAGGUUAUUCAAAUUAUGGAAAACAUCUGGCAAAAUCAGGGUCUUGAUAUACGGAUGUUGCCUUAUGGUUGUUUGUCUAUCGGCAAUUGUGUGGGCCUUAUUGAGGUGGUCAGAAGCUCUCAUACAAUCAUGCAGAUUCAGUGCAGCGGAGGCCUAAAGGGUGCACUGCAGUUCAACAGUCACACAUUACAUCAGUGGCUCAGGGACAGGAACAAAGGAAAAAAGUAUGAUGCAGCUAUUGACUUGUUUACAAGCUCCUGUGCUGGAUAUUGUGUCGCUACCUUCAUAUUGGGAAUCGGUGACCGUCAUAAUAGCAACAUAAUGGUGAAGGAUGAUGGACAGCUGUUUCACAUUGAUUUUGGGCACUUCCUGGAUCACAGAAAGAAAAAAUUUGGUUACAAGCGAGAGCGUGUACCAUUCAUCCUAACUCAGGAUUUCUUAAUAGUGAUUAGUAAAGGAACCCAAGAAUGUACCAAAACAUGGGAGUUUGAAAGGUUUCAAGAGAUGUGUUGUAAGGCUUACGUAGCAAUUCGGCAGAGGGCCAAUCUCUUCAUAAAUCUUUUCUCCAUGAUGCUUGGCUCAGGCAUUCCAGAAUUACAGUCUUUCGAUGAUAUCGCAUAUGUUCGAAAGACACUUGCAGUGGACAAAACCGAGCAGGAAGCUCUGGAAUAUUUCAUGAAACAGAUGAAUGAUGCUCACCAUGGUAGCUGGACAACAAAAAUUGACUGGCUCUUCCACACAAUAAAGCAACGUGUAUCAAAUUGAAAUGAAAGCCGAAACAACCAAAGCCUGUCAGAUACCUGUCAGAUUGGUUGCGUAGGAAUUGCACAAGCAACAUUCAAAUUUACAGCGAAAACAGAAGCAAAACAUUCAGACAAUUUUCCAAAGGAUUUCAGAAAGCACUAAAAUUACGCACUUCAAACUUAAGCUAUAGUAUGAUGUGUAACUUGAUUGUAUGCCUGAAGACCAAAAAAGGUUUGGAAGUCUUUCCGGAUUUUGUUUUCUGAUGGAAGAUUAUUGGGAAGGAGGAGGACGAGAGCGCAUCAAAUGCAGUCCAUGGCAUGCUACAGUAGGAGGUCUGCUAAAGGAGGCGCAGACUAUGGGUUCCCAAUCAGUUGGAAGAGAACUUGCCAUUUAUCACGGCUGUUUAGAUGCUGCAUAUCUUGAAAGAAAAGAUUUUUAAGGGCAGAGAUGUUAAAAUAAUAGUGAGGGAACUACAGUGCCUUUAACUGUAUUCAGAUAUAUUAUGUUGAGGUUUAACUGACCCUUUUCACUCCUAGGUCUGUCAUCUGCACAGUUUUUAAAAGCAGUAAGAAAUAGACCUAGUACAUAUGGUAUUUUCCCCUGGACAGUACUUGCAGGGCUGAAAUAAAACAUUAUAGUGUUCACUUUGGGUUUGAUUUAAGUUAACUUGAACCGAAUAAACAUUUUCAUGCAUCUUUUCCAGAGUCUAAAGAACUUUGAGUUGUUAAAAAUUAUUGAGAAAAUAUUUUUUAUGAAGGCAAUUUAUGCAAUAGGAACUCUAAUUAGCAGAGAUCCAGCAGGCUUUCCAUUUUGUGUGGAAAAUGCGGAAUAACCCGUAUUUUUCCUUUUGAAGCAAGAAACUGCUGGUGAGG